AUGCUGAAGGAACAGCUCUUGCAAGAAGGCUUACAAACAACCAACGAGCAGAAAUGGGCUUCCAAGUGCCCUCGAUGCUUUGGCCCGAGAGAAAAUGAGGUUAAAAUUUAUCCAGACGAACCCGACUUCAUCAUCGCCAUGGACGGGAAUUACCAGCAAAGACACUAUGCCCACGCUAGUAAGGACUCGCCUUCCAAUGCACAAUACCCGCCAACAUUCUUACCACCCUCCGAGGUCAACACUAGAGAGUGGCUGCUAUCAAAAUUUGCCUCGGCCGAUGAUAUCAUUAAGACAGCCCGCAUAGCUCUCGAUGCGUUGAACCAGCUUUCGAACCCUCACUCAAUGACUGCAGGAACAUACACAGACGAUUUCUUCCAGCAGCAAUGGGAAGACGAGCGCGCCUACCACCUUGAAACCACACGAUCAUACCAGGAGAAACAAAAAAAAGAACUCGGUCAACUUCUAUGUCUAGAAGAGCAACUAGAGACCGAAUGGUCUCGUGAAGGUUUGUCGCCAGCUCAAGGAAUAGCAAGAGCAAGAAUAGUAUCUCGCCUCUCUGAUCAAAUCCUUGAACAGAGAACCAAAGUAGGUGACCCUACCAUGCUAGAGAACUUGAGCGUUCCUGAGCAUGAUAAAAUGCUAAAGAUCUGGUACUUGAAGACCGACCUCCGCCACAAAUUCUUGGCAUUGAUAGAAGAAAAAAAACCGCUGGUUCGUGUCUGUCGCCCAGGAGAACAAACAACACUUGGAACGGAUGGGCAGCAAAAGUUGAUCGAAUCGGUUCGUAAACGAGCCCAAGCACUCCGAAAGGUGUUAAAUAAGUACAACAAGCAGGUUCGCGAGUUUAUUCGACUCUUCCCUGAGCGAAUCCGACAUCUUGCCGCUUACAACCGCGGGCUAGAAGAACAACGUCGUCUGGGAUGGGAGGUUCGUCAAGCCAUGCGAUGGGCAGUUGAACGACACGACACACUGUCACACCUGAUCCUACAGAUGACUACUGUCACCGGUGGCAGCAAUCGCGAGUGGACCGAGCUAGUGGCGCAUCCCAUCCUUCAAACCCUUGUGGCCCACCCAAUUCUACAAUCACUCGCUGCUCCAAAAAAGACGACAGUGGCGAGAUCGUUGUUGCAAUCUGAGCUUGUGAAAAUAUAUCAACUCCAAAUCGCAUGGCAGCGUACUUGCAUCACGAUCCUGAACAAUACCCAGCAGCAACUUGGAGACGAAAACCUCCGUGAACGUUGGUCGCGGCAGCUGGAGCACAUCGAGCUUGGCUAUUACUCCAUGAUACCAGGUUCUGAUACUGGUGCUGGCGAAACUGUUAAUGGUGCUAGCGAGACUGUUCGAGGUGGCGCAGGAGAAGAAUCUAUCAACGAGACAAUGAUGGAGCAACUUGCAAAUGACACUGAAGAGGUGGAUGAGGGUGGGAAUGCAACUGAAGUAGAAUAUUUUUUAUGA